AUGGUAAGGGGGUGCAUUCCGGUUCUGAUGUUCCAUCCAGACUCCUAUCCAGUGCUCCCGUUCGUGGCAUGGAUACCGUGGAACGAGUUUGCGAUGGUCUUCUCCAUAGAGAGCGAGGAUGAUGCUGCCACAGCGCUCCACUCCCUCCUCGCAACUUCCGAAGAAGACUGGCAGAUGCGGCGGAAGAGGACUCUUCAGUAUGCACCGAUGAUUUCAUUGGCGCUGCAGAACUGUCCGGAGCAGAUCACUGGCGCCUUGGACCUGGUCUCGAAGGAGCUGGAAGAGAAGGUCGGCCUUCUGAACUCGGCCUUGGCAGGCCUUCGCGUUGCAGCUCCACCGGCAGACGAGAGCCACUGGCUUCGCUGGGGGCCAUCGCAGGCGUGA